AUGUAUUCGGCAAAGUCGAUCUUCUACGCGGCCUUGAGUGCUUCGGUCUCUUUCACAUCUGUACAAGCACAGGUUGCAGACUAUCCCUUCGACAUUAACGGAGCGUUCGAAGGUGCUUCUGCCAGCACAACAGAAUUCAACACCGGCGGCACCUUCAGGUGCAAUGGCCACGCCAUUACUGUGCCAAAGAAUCUUCAAGUCACAUUCCCAGCGGCCUUCAUCCCUUUCAAGGAAUUUGUGGGCAGCAGUGGCGGCUACACUGGUUACAACUGCGAGGUCACAGGCAAUGUCGUCAACGGGGUUCCCAUUGCUGCUCAGGUCUCAAUCGCCCAAUCGCUUCUGAAUGGUGCCUCUGGUUUCGUUGAUAGCGUGAACACUGAUGGCCGGAUCAAGUUGACGGACGGAAGCACCAUCCGCAUCAACGACCCUAACGCUAUCUACUCCGUCGGAUACACUUCCCAGCCUUUCUUCACUGCAGACGACGCCAAUCCAAGCAUCAGCUCUUUCUCUGGCUUUCCCAUGUGCGUUCCGCGUAGCGCCACCGAUGCUCUCUGCCCUCAGUCCAACAGACCAGAUGUUACCCCUGGCGUCAAACAAGGACUUUUCAAAGCGCCUGAUGCCCUGGUCAUGGCUCCUAUUGUAGCUGGCGAUUUCGUUGAGUACUCUGGUGUUCAGUCCGGUAGCGAGAUCAUCGUCUACAACCUUGUCGUGAGCAACGUCCAGAUUACCACCUCGGGCGCUCCGACGUACAUCCGCAUGGAGGAUGCCAACAUUGGUGUUUGGACCGCCGACACAGUCAACCAGGAAAUCGCACAGACCAGAUUCGUCGGCUAUACAUCUGACUCUGCCGCAAAUGUCAACCCCAUCAAGAUCUACGCCAUUGAGUACGACCCGUGCACUGGCGAGGCCGUCGAUCGUGAGAUCGCGGGUGUGAGCGUGCCCAGCACCGAGGUCCGCAACAAGUUUGAGUACCGCAUCAAGGCGACCCAAAACGACAACUACGCCCGCGAGUACCGCGUCGUCGCCGGCACCGGCACCGUGAAGACCAAGAACGGUGUUAUGGCCGGCCAAUAUGUCAUGCCUGUCUCGGAAUGGAUCCAGCCCGAAGACUCCGUCCCCGGUCGCCCUCCCAGCCCGCAUGACUUCCGCAGCUACGCCUUCUUGACUAAGGGGCUGGGUCGUGAUGCCGAGGGCAACCUCUGGGGCCCACUGAACCCCUUCCCUCAGACUGGUGCUACCCUGUACGACAACUCCAAGUGUCCUCCCGCUACCACCCCUACCACUGGCACUGGCACUGGAACAGGUACUGGUACCGGCACAAGCACCACCCCUGUCACCGCUGCCAGCAGCUCGGCGGCGGCCGUCAAGUACAAGGAUGUCGUGACGAUGCCCACCUACAAUUGGGUCUCAUCGCAAAGCGGCACGCUCACCGUCGGCUGCCAGUCCAACAGCACCGACGAUACCGCGGUCGCGAUGAAGCUGAGCUACACCAACAAGGACGGGACUACCACCGGCCUCGCCAUGACCUCCGGUGGCAAAGGUCUCUGGAACUUCAAUAGUAACAAGAUCAAGCAGCCCACAACUGGAACGGUCAUUUGCAAGAGCGGUCUUGGCGGCCAGGUAGCGCGCUGA